CCAACAGGUAGAAUUUUCGAACGCAUCCAAAUGGCACAUCGAAGUCUAGUAGUAGAAUAAUAUUACUCGUCUGUUAAACCAUUGCUUUGAAUUUGAACAUUGUUGACUUAAUAGGUUAAUGGAAAAUAAAUAAUUCGCAGAAUAAAAAAACGGAAAAUCAGAUUAUAUAAUUAAAUUUAUAUAUUGAUGAAGACUGCACUACAUCAGAGAUUAGUGAUGGUUGGCGAUCGCGAUGGACUAAAAGAAUUAUUGAGACGUAGAUUGGUCGAAUGUGGAUGGCGAGAUCAAGUAAAAUUAAUCUCGAAAGAGUUGAUAAAGGAACAUGGUCACGACAUCACUUAUGAUACGCUGCUAUCUGCAGUGACAACCAGAGCUCGCACACUAGUACCAGAUUCUGUGAAGAAGGAAUUGUUACAGAAAAUCAAGAAUCAGUUGAUAGCCCAAGAAGAAAAACUCAAGAUUGUGACAGAUCGUUAAGAACUUAUCCAAUUCAUUAUUAAACUUUGGGCAGUUGUUUAUCGGUACAAUUAUGCUGAUAUACAGUUGCAAAAGUUGUGAUAAAUAUCUUUCACAAAUUACAUAUAUAAUUUCUUGACGAAAAACUCAUAAUGUUUGAUGUAUUACUAUUAUUAAGAUAAAAAGAAAAUAACUACAAGAAACUCAAAAAAUGUGAUAUA